AUGUCGCAUUUAAGCGAAGCUAUUGGCACCUCCACGCGCUCUUUGCAUGCCGAUGAUGCCUUGAACCUGGUUACCGAUGUCGCUCCUCCUAUGCAUCUGACUACCACGUUCCGUUAUUCAAAUGAUCCAUCAGACUUGGUACCCGCAGCUGAUGCCACGCCUGCUGAUUAUGAUCCGACCUCCCACAUCUACUCGCGCAUGUCCGCGCCCAACUACACUCGCUUCGAAACCAUUCUAUCAUCUCUCAUCCACGGCCAAGUCAUAAGCUAUUCCUCCGGCCUAUCAGCCCUCCACGGCGCCCUCACUCUCCUUAACCCCCGCCGCAUCUCUGUCGGCGAUGGCUACCACGGCUGCCACGGCGUUAUCGCCCUCUUCACCCGUCUAACAGGCCUCCAGAAACUCGACCUCGACUGUCCCGCCGACCAGCUCGAAAAGGGCGAUGUCAUCCUCCUCGAAACACCCGUUAACCCCCAGGGCACUGCUUUCGACAUCGCCUCCUACGCUGCUAAGGCGCACGAUCGCGGCGCAUACCUCAUCGUCGACAGCACCUUCGCACCACCGGGCCUCCAAGACCCCUUCCAGUUCGGCGCAGAUAUCAUCAUGCACUCCGGCACCAAAUACUUCGGUGGCCACAGCGAUAUGCUCUGCGGUGUCCUCGCAACCAACCGCGACGACUGGGCCGCCCAGCUAAAAGCAGACCGUGUCUUCAUCGGCACCGUCAUGGGUAGCAUGGAGGGCUGGCUCGGUGUCCGCAGUCUGCGCACCUUGGAAAUCCGCGUUCAGCGCCAGAGCGAGAACGCCGCCCGUCUUAUCGCUUGGUUGGAUGCUGCGCUCCAUGCACCUAACCCCGCAUCGGGUAGCGAUGAGGCAGCGGUUCAGGCCGUUCUCGGUCAGGUUCUUCAUGCGAGUUUGCAGAAGGUUGAGGGGGAUUGGUUGAAGAAGCAAAUGCCUAAUGGCUUCGGACCAGUUUUCUCGAUUGUUAUGAAGGAGGAGCGCUUUGCUCGUGCGUUGCCGAGUAAAUUGCAUUUCUUCCAGCAUGCUACUAGCUUGGGUGGUGUUGAGACGCUUAUUGAGUGGAGGACUAUGACGGAUGCGACGGUUGAUCGGAGAUUGUUGCGCAUUAGUAUUGGAUUGGAGAAUUGGGAGGAUUUGAAGGUGGAUUUGGCCAGAGCGUUUCGUGAGCUUGCUCAGUGA